GUCAUGCCUCCUGCUCUGAUGUCACUUCCUGUAUCAUACAGAGUUGUUGUUGACUUUGACAAUAGUAAAUGUGAAGCCACAUAGCAACCAACGUUCCCGUGUCCUUAAUAUUAUUGGUGUAAUGCCCAACCAUAUAUAUGGGUAUAUAACAGUUACCCAUGCUGCUACCUGUCUGCUCCAUAAGGGCGUAUACGUAUGUAACGUAUGACGUGACAGUAUGUGACGUGUGUGCUUGCUGUCUCCCUAUAUACGCCCUCGCGGAGCAGGGAGGUAGCAGCAUGGGUAACGUUAGCUGGGAUAUUAGCAGAGCCGUGCCAGUGGUAAUACGAGAGAAAGAAGUCCAAAGUCAAAGAAGGCUGCAGAUGGAACCAAAAAUCGGAAGGUGAAGAGCAGCCACCUUCUGCAGAUUGAUGAUCACGACUUCACCAUGAGACCUGCAUUUGCAGGUCCAGCUGUUCCUGUUGGUGUCGACGUUCAGGUUGAGAGCUUGGAUAGCAUAUCAGAAGUAGAUAUGGAUUUCACUAUGACCCUGUAUCUGAGGCAUUACUGGAAGGAUGAGAGAUUGGCCUUUCCCAGUUCCACCAACAAGAGUAUGACCUUUGAUGGGCGCCUGGUGAAAAAAAUCUGGGUCCCAGAUGUGUUUUUUGUCCACUCCAAGAGGUCUUUCAUUCAUGACACCACGACUGAGAACAUCAUGCUGCGAGUUUUUCCUGAUGGUCACGUCUUGUAUAGCCUAAGGGUUACAGUGACUGCUGCAUGCAACAUGGAUUUUAGUCGUUUCCCUUUGGAUUCACAGACAUGUACAUUGGAGCUGGAGAGUUAUGCUUACACAGACGAGGACCUGAUGUUGUAUUGGAAGAGCGGCGAUGAGUCCCUGAGUACCGAUGACAGGAUUUCUCUUUCUCAAUUCCUCAUCCAGAAGUUUCAUACAACCUCCAGAUUAGCUUUCUACAGCAGCACAGGCUGGUACAACCGCCUCUACAUCAACUUUACAUUGCGGCGUCACAUCUUCUUUUUCCUGCUGCAGACCUACUUUCCUGCCACUCUCAUGGUCAUGCUGUCCUGGGUGUCCUUCUGGAUUGACCGUAGGGCCGUCCCUGCUAGAGUGUCAUUAGGUAUAACAACAGUGCUGACUAUGUCCACCAUCAUCACUGGGGUCAAUGCCUCCAUGCCCAGGGUCUCCUAUAUCAAAGCUGUGGAUAUUUACCUCUGGGUCAGUUUUGUCUUCGUCUUUCUAUCCGUCCUUCAAUACGCGGCAGUCAACUACCUGACCACAGUCAGAGACGGUAAAGACAGAAAGCUCCGGGAAACAGCGCGAGAACAGCAGACACUUCCCUGCACCUGUGGCAUGCCCCAUGCAAAGACAAUGAUGAUGGAUGGAGCGUACAGCGAGGCAGAUGCCAACAGCCUGGCAGGCUACACCAGGGCUUCUAUGGCAGCCGAGGACACACAAGACAAACAUGAGCAGAUGAUGGUGCAUCUUUCUCUGGACGAGUCCACUCUAACCAAGAGGAAGAGUAGCCGCAAUUUUCGGAUAAUCCAGAACACCCACGCCAUUGACACCUACUCUCGCUUCAUCUUUCCUGGUGCCUACACCCUUUUUAACCUUAUAUAUUGGUGUGCGUACUGCUGAAAAACAUAUACUAGAUUGUUCCACUUGCAGUAUGUUCAAUUCAUCCAGCAAGACAACUGAAGAAAAUGGUGUUACCACUGAAAAUCAUUUUAAUUCUGGUUGAACCCUUAAAAUCUACUGGACUUUUUUGCAUCAGUCUGUAGAAAAUACAUAUAAUAAAUAAAAAAAUAAGAACAAAACAAUAAAAUUUAAAUGAACA